CUUCAGACGUGAAGUAGAAUCUCCCUCGUGACCCCUCAGCCUUAUUUAUCCAGGCUCGACACCGUGCCGCCGUGCGCUCGCGCUUUCGGCACCCGCGCUCUCCACAGCCCUCGCCAGGGGCAGCGCCCAGCGCCAGCACGCAGUACUCCUAGUUUGGUGCAUUUAGGUCGUUCGGUUGUGCGCUAGCUGCUGAACAUCAGUCGUCGCUUUGGCUUGAACUUCGCAAAGAUGUCCGCGGCAAUGGCUAUGCUGGCCGUCGCGGUCGUGGCACUCUUCGCUCACGGGGCCACGGCCGCAUCCAUCGAUUGGCAGUGGCACACGGGCCGCGCGACCCACUACGGCGGCGCCGGAGACCCAUGGAGCAUCCACAACGGCCACUGCGGCUACGGCUACCUCGACCCCAGCGUGGGCACCGGCUGGGACAUAGCGGCGCCCUCCGACCAGAACUGGGACUACGACUCCAGUACCAGCAACUGCGGUGUGUGCUACGAGAUUGCCUGCAACGGAAUGGACUUCAGUGACUUUUAUGGUAACUACCUGGAGCGCACGGACGUGUGCUACAACGGCGGAGAGACUAGCGUGGUGGUGAUGGUUUCCGACAUCUGCCCCUGCUACUAUCCGUCCAACCAGUACAGCAACAAGCGCUGGUGCUGCGGCGACAUGCAGCACUUCGAUGUGUCCGUGUUCGCCUUCGAGAAGCUGGCGGAUGUCAAGUGGGGCGUCAUCGGCAUUAAGUACCGCCGCGUGCCGUGCGACUACCAGCCCGCCAAGAAGGCCUACCGCCCCAGCUCCGCGGCCGCCGCGCAAGAGUCCACGUCCGCGCCAUGGAACUGGAAUUCGUCCAAGGACAAGCGCUGGACGCUGUGGAGCCAGAAGCAGAGCUGGAACUUCGGUGACGCCACCUACUCCUCCACCGCCGGCCUGCAGGUCAGCGCCUCCAGCUCGUCGUCCUCCUCCGGCUCGUCCUCUUCCUCCAGCUCCUCCGCCGCCUCCAGCGUGGGCCAGCAGUCCUCCGUCACCAACGCCUACUUCGGCGGCUUCAUGCAGGGCUGGAGCGACUCAGGCUCCUGGGGCAUUGCCAAGUGGGACCGCGACUCGUCCUGGGGCUUCGACGGCCAGCAGGCCUACUGCGUCACCCUGUCCGGCUACGGCGGCGCCAAGUUCAACGCCUGGAGCGGCGCGCUGUCUUCCAAGCGCACCCUGGAGUUCUGGGUCCGCAUGAACGACGGCGCCGCGCCCGACGUGACCAUCAAGCUGGCCUCGCCCAAUGGCGGCUGCAAGGACGUGCGCCUGCGCGACCUCACCCCCAACGACAGCAAGGCCGGCUGGCAGCGCUACUGGGUGCAGCUCACCUCUUUCGACUGGCGCGGCCGUAACGACGGCGGAGCAUUCAGCGGCUGCAGCGACAGUGUGUCGGACUGGGACGUGAACACGCUGUUCUUCACCAACAACUGGGGCAGCAACCAGUACUUGUGCCUGGACCAGAUCAAGCUCUUCUAAAACCUGAUGGCUGCUGCCGUCGUUGUCUCUCCUUAGAUGGCUACCGUUAGCUUACCUGUGGCAGUGCUGAUGCUUCAUGGUUUGGGGAUGCACUGCAGAUUGUAGGUGGCGUACGUAGUGUAGGGAAGUGGACAUUCGCAAACAGGACUGGAUGGAGUCCGACGCAUGGUAGGUGCCGUGUGAAGAUGUGCAUGAGGUUGCUUUUCAAUUACAUAUAAAACUCGGCUGGGUAGGGGAUACAGCAUACGGUAGUUGAUACAGCAUUAGCCCAGGAAGUUGAAGAGACAUGGCGAAAUGAGGGGCAGCCGCAUCUACAGGCGUGCAUGGCGAUGGUGGAAACCUUCGCACUCUUACUUGCUCCUACUUGUGGGGCAAGCAGGUGGAGGCAUGAAUAAAUGAAGUGAACAAGAC